AUGGACGACCCUCCCCCCAACUCCGCCGCCUCAACAGUCUUCGCGAUCCCCGAGCUACUUGAAGCAAUUCUCAUCGCCCACGCACAACAGGACCAACGAGAGCAAGAUUGGAUGGGCCAUGACCCCCGACCCAUCAUAGCCCUCUUCCCGCUCCAACGCAUCAAUCACGCCUUCGCCUGCACAAUUCAGCAAUCCCCCACCCUUCACAAUCGCAUGUACGGCAUGGACAUGCACGGCACUGAUCCCGCCGCUCCACUCUGGUGGUUCCUUCACCCGCUUCACAUAUAUCGUGGAGGUUGGUGGUUUCGAGAGGUAGAUGUGCCGGAUGUGGUACAGUUCAAUGUGAGGAUGGUCAUGAGUGAUUCGGGAGAAGAUUGGUGGCAGGUUCCUCCUGAGGAGUGGAAGGAGGAGAAUGCUUCGUGGAGGAAUAUCACGGUUUUUCCAAAGGGAUAUGAGGGAUUGGGACUUCAGUUGAAUUUCAAGACGCGGAAAAUGGGUUCGAGUAGACCUUGGACGUUGCUUCUCAAGCCAGAAGAUGGUCUGACGUUGGGAAUGGUAUAUGAUUUCACUCGAGAGAUCCUGCGGGAUUGUGAGCCUCAACUUGGGGAGCUUCUACGAAUGAAAGCUUUGCAAUUCGCGGAACGUAGAAGGGAAUUGGAACGAUUGCGGAUCGCAUUCUAUGGUGAAGAGGUCAAUGCUGCCUAUUCCAGAGGAAGCUCGCCGCCGGAAGUGAGAGAAGAGUAUAAAGAACAGUAUUGGAAAGCACGGCGUGAAGAAGGUCGAGACUUUCCUGCGUGGCAAAGGGCUCUGCGAAGGAGGGAGCAUCAGACUUCAGGUCACUGUGCGAGGUAUGUGUGUGAGUUUUGUAGUGAGCUUGAUGAAGGUGAGGCUUGA